AUGGCUGAAGUACAUGUUAUAGGACAAAUAUUAGACGCAGAAGAAUUUUCAGACACAUCUCUCUUCUGUAAAUGGCUUAUGAAAGUAGGUGGAGGAUGGAAAGUGGUUGAGGGUGAAAUAUCAGGACAAACACAAACAGAUACUUCAUCGCUUUCUAAAACAUAUUUUUGUCAUCCAAUUGAUGUUCAUUUAUCAACCAAAACAAUUCAAAAUUGGCCUAAAAUACAUCUUGAAGUUUGGCAUUUAGAUAAUUAUGAUAGGCAGGAAAUAAGAGGUUAUGGUACAACAUUUAUCCCAUCAACACCAGGUUCACAUCUUGUAAAAUGUUUAAUAUGGAAACCACAAGGUUCAACAAAAGAUGAAAUUAUGCAAAAAUUUCUUGGUGGUGGUAUACAAUUAAAAUCUUUAUCAACACUUGAUAACCCUUUAGAUUUAAUGAAGUUACAUACUGUUUCUAUGGGUAUAGUAAAUUUAAGACUUAAUAUUAUUCUUCGACAUUUUGAUAAAUUUGGUAUAACAUGUUAA